AACCCAGCGAACCUCUGUAUGGUAUAAAUGAGACAUGCAGGGCUUGUUCAGCAGCUGAGGUAGCUGAUGAGAGGAAGCUGGAGUCCCCAGUCUGAGCUAGACGGACUUUAGAAAACCUGGUGGCCCAAUCUAAGAUUGAACACAAACCAGAGACCGACUGAACACCAUGACGGCCAUCAAUGCACCUAAAGACAAAUACCACGCAGUAUGGAUUAUUUUCUUCAUCCUGGGAUUGGGAACCCUCUUACCGUGGAAUUUCUUCAUGACGGCCACAAUGUAUUUCACAGACCGAUUGAAAGACCCUUCAACUAUCAGCGUCAAUGGGACCUCAGAGCGCUCUGUGCUGGAAUCCAAGUUCAACAACGUGAUGACGCUAUGCGCCAUGUUGCCGCUGCUCAUUUUCACCUGCCUCAACUCCUUCAUACACCAAAGGAUCCCUCAGAAGCUGCGUAUCUCAGGCAGCCUGGCCGUCAUCUUCCUAGUCUUCAUGCUGACAGCUAUACUGGUCAAAGUGAACAUGGAGCCUCUGCCCUUCUUCACCCUGACUAUGAUUAAAAUAAUCUGCAUCAACUCGUUUGGAGCGGUCCUUCAGGGCAGUCUGUUUGGGCUUGCAGGGAUCCUGCCUGCCUCCUACACCACUCCCAUAAUGAGUGGGCAGGGUCUGGCUGGUACCUUCGCUGCCUUCUCCAUGAUCUGUGCCUUGGCCUCUGGAUCAGAGCUGCAGGACAGCGCUUUUGGUUACUUCAUCACAGCCUGUGUGGUUAUUCUUCUGGCCAUAACUUCCUACUUCAUGCUGCCAAAGAUGGAGUUCUUCCAGUAUUACAUAGAGAGUAACAAAUCAGCACCGUCUCCUGAUGAGGAAAACAAGAUGGACUUACUGAAGAAAGAAAAUCAAGAAGAGAAGCAGCCGGGUACGAAUCUGAUUGAGGAGGAGACCAGUGGCAGCACAUCUGUGUUUAACAUCUUUACGCAGAUCUGGGUGAUGGCUCUGUCUGUGUGCUUCAUCUUCACCGUCACCAUCGGGAUGUUCCCAGCAGUGACCGUUGAUGUAAAGUCGACGAUAGCGAACGGCAGCAGCUGGGAAACAUACUUCAUGCCCGUGUCGUGUUUCCUCCUCUUCAACGUGAUGGACUGGGCUGGCAGGAGUCUGACGGCCGUCUGCAUGUGGCCGGGGAAGGACAGCAUCUGGCUUCCUGUCCUGUGCGGCGUGAGGGUGAUCUUCAUCCCGCUCUUCAUGCUGUGCAACGUCCAGCCUCGGAACUACCUCCCCGUGGUGUUUUCUCAUGACGCCUGGUACAUCUUCUUCAUGAUCCUGUUCUCUUUCUCCAACGGAUACCUGGCCAGCCUCUGCAUGUGCUUUGGACCAAAGAAGGUACCACAGCAUCAGGCGGAGACAGCGGGCGCCAUCAUGGCCUUCUUCCUGUCCCUGGGAUUGGCGCUUGGCGCUGCAGCGUCCUUUGCUACCCGGUUCAUGGUCUAAACGUGGAUUUUGACGUACAUCAGAUGACCUCGCCUUCAUCGCCUCCGCUUGUCUCGAGUCUGAGUGGAGGUCAAGCCAGAGAAGACUAGAGACCCUCUGUCUUCCAUAUGUUUUUUUUUUUUAGCAGGGACUCAUCCUGGCAAUACGAGCUAAAACAUUAAUUUAAUGUUUUUAUUUUUUUACUCCAGAGUCAGGAAAUUCUUUUAAUUUAAACCAAAAGUUUUAGAGAAAUUUUAGAUACGGAUUGGUGUUUAAGCAGCGGUUCUCCUGGUGCAUCCUGUGUAUAAAAUGAUGGGUGGGUGGGAUUGUUAGAGCAAUAGUGCUAUUACAGCCUUUGUAUGGGAUAUUUAAUUAUAACAGAAACCUCAUUUAAGGCAUCCAGUUAACAGAUGUAUAAACAGUGCUGUUAGCUGCUGCUCCUAAGCCUGUCAAUAUUUAUAACCAGUUGGUAUAAUCUGUUAGCUGUGAUCAUUUAAAUAUAACAGAUGAAAAAGUGCCAUUUCAUGAUGGACUGUUGGAUUGUGUGAGGAAACCAAAUAAAAUAAGAAAAGAACAUGAUGAACUCUGAAGGGAAGCUUUACUGCAGUCACUAUUUACGCUCCCUUUUUAAAACAGAGAAACAAACAAUGCAAAGAUGAAUCUCAUCCUAAUUUUUGCUUUUUUAUUGGGGGUCAGUGAGCAGUGAUUUGGUUCCACCCACUGCCUCUGGCAUCAUUUUGACUAUUUAUAUUGUUUUUUUUUUUAACUGUUAUACAAAGCAUGUAUUUCUGAAAGCAAUAUGAAAAUGAAUGAAAUCAGAACAACCUGCAGCUAUUUGUGACAUAAAACCUUAGGAAUUUAGUUGAAAUGUAAUUAAACCUAAAAGUCAGGAAGUGUGCCGUUUCAUUCUUAGUUUAGAAUUAGAUUUUUAUACCAGCUAGUUUGUCCUGCAAGUUCUCACUUUAAAUUGAUUAGCCUGUGUUUUUUUGAUAGCAUUUUGUUUUUUGUAUUCUUUCAUUUUACAAUAGUAACCAGAUUUUAACCGAUGAAUGCUUUAAAAGCAGAAUAGACGCCAUUAGAUCAUUUCAUGUGAACAAAAUAAAUGUAUUUUUAAAAUAA